CGUGCUUGUACAGAUCGAUGGAUUCUUGUUCGAGGGGCAGGUCAGCAAGCAUGGGCGGGUAUUGGAGGGCAUGGGAGGUAUGGGCUUGUGAGUAUCUAAAGCCAUUUGCUUUAUCAAGCCCAAGUGGGAGUGUGAACACGUGGCCCCGAACUUUGAGGUGGGUUGGUGCAAAAUCAAAACGCGACUUGCAGCAUCACUUGGAACCUUUUAGAGUGAUGAUGCGACAUCUAACCACUGAUCAGGUAAAUUGGAACCCUUGGGGGACCAAUGACUCCGAGCUGCCGGAAGAAGUACAAAAAACCGUGCCGGCAACUCGGAAACGAAUCCUCCUUGAGGGACCAGCUGGUUCAGCAUGGUUUUUGGGCGAGCGCGUAACAAUGCAAAGUUUAGGCACCCCAUCACCUCAAGUACCCAAAAUUCCACCGAGGACAAUGCUUGCCGAUUAUAAGCUCACUAAUGAGUCAGAAGUGGAGGAAGCAGUAAAUGGGUAUCCAGCUUCCGAAUGGGUUGCUCCUCGUUCAUCCGACUAUGCUGACUACAGAGAUGAGUACAUACGUUACCGCCACUACGACGACUUGCGUGAUGCGGUACGUUCUACACUAAACACGUAUUCUUUACUGACACAUGCAGCAUGA